AUGCGUCAGCCUGAAUAUCAACGACUUUCUACAGAUGGGUCCUCGUUCCACGACGAUAGACUCCCUUCAAACCCACCAGACUAUUCUGAAUCGAGUUAUGGACAGAGAUAUAACCAGGACUACCCACAUGAAUCAUCAUCGUCAUCAUCAUCCACUUCGAUACCCAUGGAGCAGUUUGAAAUAGAGGACCCGUCACUGCACGAAACCAGUGGUUUACUUAACCGAGCACAAGCUUUUUCCAAGAAAUUUGCCACCAACGUCAAUAUACGCAUAAUACGGCCUGUAAGCAGAAUGAUUGAUCCGAUAUACGAAGGCUACAAGUUCUUGAGUAUUCAGUAUGAGAGACUGAUUUUGAAAGUGGGGAACCCGUUGGUGGUGAAAAGACUCUUGUACGUUUUCGUAAUGAUGCUCUUGAUAUUUGGGAUAUCCAAGUAUAGUGCAAACACAUCAAUCACUAGUUCCAAUAUGGGAGCGUUUUCCACUGGGAAAUUUUAUGACAUUGAUAAACUAGCUGAUUCAGCUCGACAUUUUAUCGACCCAAAGUCAAUGAAGGAAAAUCUUGAAUAUUUUUCAUCCAUUCCUCACAUCACAGGUUCAAUGGGUGAUUUAGCAUUUGCAAGGUAUAUUGAAAAAUACAUGAAGAAUAAUGGUCUACAUAAUGUCUACCUCAAUGAAUUUCAAUCGUUUACAAAUUACCCAAAUGCUGAUGGUACGUUUUUAAAACUUGCUGAUGGGUCUUUUGAAGCAAAACUUAACGAAAAACAUAGCAAGGAAAUGCAAUUUCUUGCCUACAAUCCAAACUCAUUGAACACAAUUGAGACUGUUGAAGGAACAUAUGUAUACGUGAAUUACGGCCGGCCCGAAGAUUUCAAGCAACUACAAGAUAAGGGAAUAGACGUAAAUGGAAAAAUAUUAUUGAUGAAGUAUGGAGGUAACUUACCUGAGGGGAACAAAGUUUAUUUCGCUGAAAAAAAUGGAGCCAAAGCUGUUGUUUUCGUUACAUCUAAAUUCACCUUAGCCGACAACGUCGAGGUCGAUGAUGUCAUACAAAGAGAGAAUGUGGGGUUGACUAGAAUGUCUCCGGGGGAUAUUCUAACACCUGGUUGGUCAUCGGAAGGUGGAUUUGUUACGAGACUUUCAUGGGAUAAGUCUGAAACUACACCAAGGGUACCCACCAUUCCAAUUUCGUGGAGGGAUGGUGAGACCUUGAUCAAAAAAUUGAAUGGGGGUUGCUCGUUUGAUGAUUUUGCAAGUGGAGACGGCACCUCAGCCGUUUUACAAUUGAAAGUAUCUAACACCAAUCGUCCUGUUCAUCCAUUUUGGAACGUUGUUGGGUCCAUAGAAGGGAGGGAGCAAGCUGAAAAGGGAAUUAUUGUGGGCUCGGUGCGAGACUCUGCAUGCUAUGGAACUAUGGGUAGUAAUACAGGGACAGUUGGAUUUUUAGAAUUGGUAAAGAUUCUCACAUCAUUACAGAGAAAGUAUCAGUGGGUACCUUCAAGAUCCAUUUAUUUUGUGUCUUUUGAUGCCACUGAGUACAAUUUGGCCGGAGCUACAGAGUGGAUCGAAAACAGAAAAGAGUCAUUGAGAAAGGAAGGGUUUUUGUAUAUUGAUAUGAGUGAUUUGGUGAGUGGAAAUGAGCUUCAAAUCAAAGCACACCCCUUCUUGAGGGAAAGUUUGCAACGUGCUUUAUCUAAAGUGAAUCUUGAAGAAGGGGGCAAAACUUUGCAGAAUCUAUUCUCGGAGGAGCAAAAGCAGUCUAUUGGGAAUGAUUUCUUGGAAGAAAAAAACUAUGUUCCAUUCAUAAAUUUGGUCAACAUUCCUUCGGUUGAGGUCAAAUUCAAAGGCAAAAAAUACCCCGAGGGAUCGUGUUAUGAUACUUUUGAAAAUUUUGAAAAUUGGGAUAUUGAUAAAUCAAUGGCUAAGCAUACCCAGCUAGUUGAACUUUUAUCAAGAGUGAUUAUCGAUUUCGCUGAGAGUCCAUUUAUCCCCUACAACUUUAUGCAAUUGUCCAAGCUGUUACUGGAUGAUGUACAAGAUCUACAAAGGUUUGGUGACUUUUUAUCCAAAGACUCGAAUGUUAAACCCAAUUUGCACUACAACAACUUGCUCCGGGCAGUGGAUACUUUGAAAAGAGCCAGUCUUAAAUUCACUAGUUGGCAUACCGAUUGGAAGUCGGUGAUUGCAGCUAGCAGAGGUUCAGAACCACCAAUUUUGGCUAUGGAACGAUGGGCCUGGAAUGACAAUAUGGUGCGGUUCAAUGAAGAAUUUGUAGGACGUGAUCCACAACCAAAAAGGUCGGGCUAUGUGAAUGAAUUGUUUGGAGUUCCGUUUAUGGCACCAGAGUCGGGUCGUGAUUUCCAAUGGAAUACCUUCCCAAAUAUACGAUCAGAGAUGAUGGAUCAAAAUUUCAGCCGAGCUCAAGAUCAUAUAAAUCGAUUGGCUCAAAUAAUUGAACAAGCAGCUGAAGAUUUCCUCAGAUUAGGAUAA